GCCGGUUCUCGGGCACGGGUCGGUGAGCGCUGUAACAGUGUUUUUUAGAUGUUCGGGAAAUAGGGAAAGCUUUGGUUGUUGUAAGGAAGUUCAGUGUUCAAUAAAUAAGCCUAGUAGAGAUGUGGGGUCAGCAGUUUGGAGGUUUUGGCUUGCAGCAGCAGCAGCAGCAGCAGCAGCAGUGGCCUGGGAUGACUCCUCAGAACCCAACUCCUCAAUCCACUGAUCCAGUGGAGUGGGCAGCCAAGGCAGCUCAGUGGGCCCAGCAGCGGCAGAUCCAAGACCACUACUACCACCAGCAGACCGUCACGGACCAACAGCUACAACAACAACAGCAACAGCAGAUGCUGCAACAGCACCAGAUGGAGCAAAUCUACAGCCAGCAACAGUUUCCUGGUCAGCAACAGGCAGAGUAUGCUCAACAGGACCUAUGGUCACAGCAGCAACAGCAGGUCCAACAGCAAGUUCAACAGGCGCAGGUCGAGACUGCCCUCUUGCCAAAACCUCUCUUUGAAACACAGCAGAGCCACUCCCCUCGUGUGCACCAAGGGGUCGAACCCGGGGGGGCACCCUCUAAUCUUCCCUCGUUUCGCGGCUCUCCACACGGUACUGGCGAAGACGCUGGUAAUUAUAUGCAACCCUCGGGUGUGCGAAUCCCUCAUCCACAGGGGCCGCGCGGUUUUGGCCCCCGAGGUAGCGGCAACUUUAGUCCGCGAGUAAGGGGGGAGAGAUUUCACUCCCCGAGAGGGCGCGGCGGGUUUGCGAGGCCCAUAUUUUCCCAGCGAGGUUCCCCACGUGGCUCGCCUCCCUUCCGCCACCCUCACAGCGAAGGCGGAGGAGGGGGUAGGUCACCUCACGGCGAGCGUACGAUUUCCGGCGGUCACCGCGGCGGGCCAACUGCGGAACAUUUCGAUAGAGCACCCAAUUUCGACGGAAAUCUUGCCCAGGAGGGUUCAGACACUGAGAGAGACCAACCCUCACGUCAGUCAAACUACGUGGAGCAGUUGGAGGCGGCCAGGCAGAAGGAGUUGGAGAAAGAGAGAGAGUUGAAACGGACGCUCCAGAGGAUGCAAGAAGUCGAGAGGCAGCGAAAGAUGGAAAUUGAGAAAAACCUGGAGAUGGUGCGAAGGCAGAAGGAGGAGAGAGAGAGGGCGGAGAAACGGAAGUGGGAGGAAGAGGAAGCGGCGAAGCGAGCCAAGGAGCUCGAGGAACUUCAGCGGAAGAGACUUGAAGAGGAGGCCAUAGCCAAGAGAGAGGCGGAGGAGUUGGAAAAGAAGCGGCAGCUGGACAUGCAGUUGGCUCAGGAGAUUGAGAACAAGAGGAGAGAGAUGGAGAGGAUUCUGGAGCAGAAGGAGAGAAUGGAGCGAGAGCUGAUGGAGAGACAGGCCGAGCUGGGGAGGGUGGGAAGGGGAGGAGAGGGGUGGGGGCCUUCAGAUGAUUACCAAUCAGAGCAGGGGUUUCCCGGACAGGAGGGUGAGGAUGGGCCGACAAUCCCCAGCUGGAGCAGCGACCCAAGCAGCAUCCCUGGUCUCGGAGAACUGGAUACAGAGACCGAGAGCCAAACCAUGUCGGAAUCCGCAGCACAAGAAAAACAACCUGGCAAUCAACCGACUGAAUCACAGGGGCAACCCCCGAAGGAGAACUUGCAGAUGGUUGAGAGUCUGGGGAAGAUAGUCUCCCAGCUACAGACGCUGCAGGGCCUCACCUCAAGCCUCAAGCUGCUGCAAACGAUGCCAAAGGAGGGAGGAGGGGUGAGCGAGAAGGAGAAGGCAGCCAUGAGGGAGAAGGAACUGUCGGAGGACACCAAGAGGAAGGUCGCUGCUUUGCUAGCCAAUGAGAGUGAUAGCGAUGGAGAGAAGGAAUUAACUCCAAAGCCAGGUCGAAAGGAGGCGGAAGAUUCUCCUACUCCAGCGAGAGAGUUUGAGGGGUACAACAUUCCCUCCCAGACCUACAGUUCUUACGAGGACAGUGAUUACAGGAAAGAUAGCAGGGGCCCCCCGCCAGACGAUGAUGAGCCAGUAGCUCCAGGGAGCUUAGGUUAUAGUAAGUUUGAUUACGAUGAUCCUCGUGGCGAUGGCAGGGAGGGGCGAGGUAGUUAUGGGGGUUACCCCCCUCGUGCCGAGGAUGAUUAUCACUAUCCUCCGCGACGCUACCCACCACGCCCCCCUCCCGACUCAGACUUGGGGUACCCACGCUCCGCACCCCGAGACUACCCCGGUUACCCCGGGGGAGGUCGUUGGGCACGGGAAGACGACGAGCGGCAGAGGCCCCUCUCUCCCCCUCCCACACGUGGCCCCCCUCGUGUUUACCCUUACGAUCGCGGCGCCCCGUACCCAGAUCCCGAAACCCCCAUUCCACGUGGCGCUAGACCCCGCCCUGAUGAUUACGGGGGGCUGCCCCCUCCACGUACUACGGACCCCUACCACAACCGUCCAACGUUCCCUCCCGAGCCCAAAGGAGGCGGUGGUAUUCUAAGUCAAAUGGAGAGCAUUGACUACAGUCACGGAGGUUCUGGGAUAAAAUCAGUCGACUACGGCCACGGGACUCCGGGGGGGACCCCUGUGUACCCACCUCGGGAAAUUCCCCCCAGACCCCUCAAUUACCCCUCGUUUGGGGGACCUGGCUCAGAGUAUGCCGGAAUGUAUGGGGAGGGAGUUCCGUAUAUGGGGUACGGCUCGCCUGCUGUCGGAGGGUAUGCUGGGAGGGACUAGACCCUGCCGCCAUCUUUGCUGCCUACCAGGGAGGAGAGGCAAAGAGGCGGACUCUGCCACUGUGGCUGCGAGAAGAGCUUGAGAAACUGGAGAGGAAGAAGGCCAAACAGAUGGAGAAGGAGGCCAGGGAGGGAGUGCUCGAGGGAGAGGGAGGGGCUCCGAAAUCUUGGGCCGAGGAGCUGGAGAGAGAGGCAGAGGAGGGGGCGAGGGAGGGGGUGGGGGAGGGAGAGGGGAGGUGGAGGAUGGAGGAGGAAGAAGAAGAAGAAGACGGGAUGAAAGUAAAGACCCGCAUCUAUCGUUCACACUCAUCUAGUAGAGUAAGUUCUACAAUCAAUGUCGGGUAUUAUUUAGAAUACUUUUUGUAAAAAAACAAAGUCCCUAGUAUAUAUAAUAUAACUUACUUCAUGUGUAAUAAUGUUAUAUCUCGUCUCUAAAGAGUGGAGACGAGAGCCCUCCUCCGCAGAAGAAGAGACACUACGAACCUCCGCCGGAAAGCGACGAGGACAAGCACCUUCACCUGGUGAUGAAGAUACGACAGAUGUUGACCGAGGUUCUCCUGGAGGUCACCAAUCAGGAGAUAGAGGAUGUAGUCUCUGAGUGCAUCGAGGAGGCCAAGAGUAAGAUACUGUUUACAAAUUCGCAAACUAAAUGCUAUUGUGCGGGUGGUGUCCGUUUGUACGGGUGAACAAAACGAAAGAAACGAAGUUAUAUACCCUGUGUAGGGAGACCCUUGUAGAGAGGUACUUAUGUCGAAGAGUUAGCACACGUUUCUUCCUGGCAGGGUGACGUGGUGUAACAGUGUUUUGUAUUUCGCUAUUCCAGAGCCGAAGCUGGUGAUCCAGAUGAAGGGAGUGGCCAAUGCUCCUCCUCCCCAAGAGAACAGGCCGCUGCUAGGUCUUGAAGUGUACAGCUCUGACAGUGAGUCCGAGUCGGGGAGCUCCCCAGACGGCAAGUCCCACAGAGGAGACGACGAGGCCAAGUCCAGCAGGUCCUCCAAGUCGAAGCCUCUCGUACCCAAGAUCCCCAAACCGGAGGAGAUUGCGGCCGCCUUCAGUGGAGGAGGAGGUGGAGAAGGGUUCAUUCCGGUACCCCGCUCCAUGCAGCAGAGGCAGAGGACCACCAGCGGCAGUAGCUCCAAGGAGAAAGAAGAGAGGGAACACAAGAAGGAGAAGAAGAGGAAAGAGAAAGUCAAAGAUAUCACUGACUCUGGCCACGAGUCAGGCAGCGGGAGAGACAAAGAGCACAAGAGAGACCGCAAAAAGUCCUCGGACAAAGACCACGAUGUUAGCUCGGCGUCUUCGCGAAAGAAAGACCCGUCUUCUUCGUCGUCACGCGGUAAGGACCACGAGAAGGACAAGGAGAGGAGGAAGGAGCGAGGAAAGGAACGCCAUAGCCGAGAGUCGAAGCACUCUCCCUCCACCUCCAAGUCCAGUAAAUCUCGUCGCAGUAGUGGUGGAGUCAGCACGACCACACCGUCGUCCGCACUCACCAGCAGUAGUAAUAACCCUCCUACCACCAGUACUAUCAUCACCAAAAUAAUGACGGUGAGGUCCCGGGGAGAACGGUCGCCCUCUCCCGGCCCUCCUCCCUCAGGAAUGAUAGGAGGAAACCGACGUAGAUCCAGGAGCCCGCCAGGUGGUCUGCCGAAGAGGAUCGUGGAGAUAGUGCCCAUUCCUCGUGUGGGGGGUGUGGCCACGGGGAAGGGAUCCAUUCGGACGACAAAGAGAGGGUUUGUGUCCACGUUUCGACCGGGGUGUCCCCCUAUAGGGAGUCCGGAGCCGUCGUUCAAGAAGAGAAGUCCCUCGCCUCCACCACGUGGGGUGGGUAGGGACGACGACGUCCCCUAUCGCGUGGUACACCGCAGGAAAUCCUCUCAAUCGAGUCGAUAUUGAGACAGCGGGAGCAGCAAUUAUUGACCCACUUUUCACAGUAAAACAUGAAUCAGAUAUUAUGUACGUAACUACUACUACGGACUAUAUGUUUUUCCAAAGAAAAGGCCAGUACUUGGAUUAUCUGAAUUGUAUAGGCGUAUACCACCACCUAUGCCUAUUACGCAACCUUUAUGUCACCUGUGUGGCACUGUGCAGACUUCCAGAGAAUGUACGCACGUGCCGUUUUUUUUGCUUCGUGUGCAUUUUUCUAUAAAGAGUUAGAGAGGGA